AUGUUGUCAAGACAAGUGAGGACUGUGUCAUCGAGAGCAGCAGCGUCCCGCAUAUCUUGCGCAGUUGCUCCUCCAGCCCUGAGGACCUACGCACAGGCAGCGCCAGCUCAAGAUGCUAAACCACCAGUAGCUCUGUACGGCCUUGACGGAACAUACGCGAGUGCAUUGUAUACGGCCGCAGUCAAAACAUCUGCACUCGAAACCACGUCGAAGUCUCUCGCAGCCUUAGCCGAUGUCUUCAAAAAGGACACCAAGCUCCCCGUCAUUCUCACCGCUCCAACUCUAACACCUGGCGACAAGUCUCAGAUUAUUCAGGAGCUACAACGGCACAUGGGAGGGCAGGAUAAGGGCGAUACGGUCAAGAACUUCCUGAAGACACUCGCCGACAACAAUAGGCUUGGGAUACUACAAGGCGUGUGCGAGAAGUUUACAACGCUUAUGGGUGCUGCAAGAGGGGAGAUCGAUUUGACCAUCACAAGCGCUUCGAAGCUUGAUCCGAAGACACUUCAAAGGCUAGAGACUGCCGUCUCCAAAUCAGAGUACAGUCAAGGCAAAAAGCUCAAGGUCAUACCAAAGGUGAACCCUGAAAUCAAGGGUGGCUUGGUUGUAGAGAUUGGAGAUCGGACAAUUGAUCUGAGUGUUUCUUCGAAGAUUUCGAAGAUGAAUAAGCUCUUAACCGACACCCUAUAA